UACGUCAUCAACACGCGCCUCGAUACGCGCUUCACAUCACGACAGACGGGACGCACAUGUACCGCGCAUGCGCUGCUCGCCGCUCUCCUCCUGUGUUGGUCGCCAUGUCUCGAGGAGAAACGCUGAGACUGUUGGUGAAGCAGCGAGUCCACGCGGUCGUUGAAGAGGCUUUUGGGCUGUUGGACACAUUAACAGCAGCUUAUGAGGACUCCGUUUGUGCUCUAAGAGAACAGGAGCGACUCACAUCAGAUGUCCAGCAGCUGUUUGUGAUUAAAGCAGAUGUCCCCCCUGAGUACCAGGACCAGGACCAGGUCAACACGAAAGAGGACCCGGAGCAUCUCUGGACCGGUCUAGAGGGAGAGCAGCUUACGGUGCUGCAGGAGGCCGAUCUCACCAAGAUCUCAUUCACUGUUGUUACUGUGAAGAGUGAAGAUGACAAACCUCAGACCUCACGGCUUCAUCAAAGCCAGACGGAGGACAACAGAGAGGCGGAGCCUCCAGCCGGCAGCUCAGCUACACCGAUAACAACAGAAACUGAUGGAGAGGACUGUGGAGGUUCAGGACCAGUCAGGAACCUAAAUCCACAUCGUCAUUCACAUCCAAAUGCUGAUGAUGAAAAGGCUUCAGAAUCUUCUGAAACUGAAGUCAUUGAUGGUGAUUGGCAAGAACCGUUGUCAGAUUCUGGACCUGAAAGUGAAGACAGGGACAAAGUCCGGAAGGAGACCAGGGAACCUGAUUCUGCUGCACAUGCCCUGAAAUAUAAGGAAGCCCUUUUGAGUCAUGUGGGAUGUAACACUGGCAAGAAAUCCAAUGCAUCACGGUCAAAAGGGCUCACAAAGGACAAAUCAAUCAGUUGUGAUGUUUGUGGAAAGACAUUUACAGCACAGGGAAGUCUGAAGUUGCACAUGAGAAUCCACUCGGGAGAGAAACCAUUUAGUUGUGAUGUUUGUGGGAAAAGAUUUAUACGUCAGGGGAUUUUGAAGAAACACAUCAGAGUCCACACAGGAGAGACACCAUUUGGUUGUGAUGUUUGUGGGAAAAGAUUCAAUGAACAGGGAAAUCUGAGGAGACACACAAGAGGCCACACAGGAGAGAAACCAUUCAGUUGUGAUGUUUGUGGGAAAAGAUUUCCAGAACAAGGGAGUCUGAAGAAUCACAUGAGAGUCCACACAGGAGAGAAACCAUUCAGUUGUGAUGUUUGUGGGAAAAGAUUCAAUGUUAAGAGAAAUCUGAGGAGACACAUAAGAGGCCACACAGGAGAGAAACCAUUCAGUUGUGAUGUUUGUGGGAAAAAAUACAUAUUACAUGCACAUCUGAAGAGACACAUGAGAGUCCACACAGGAUAGUGUGUUCCAGUAGUUACAGAUUACUGAUGUAAGUUGUUCUCUUUCUCUUGUGUUUUAUUUAAUAAAGAUGUAAUAUGUUU